ACAUUUCUCUCACUUCUCUUCAUAGAUGACAAUGGGGAGCUGCAGACCAACCAGCUUCCUCGCAGCCUGCUGCUGAUGCAUCGCUGGUACCUUACAUCCUCAGAUCUGGCUGGAAAACUACUGAUGAUAUACCGUGACUGCAAUGGUGACAACUGCCAGAGAACCAGGCUGAAGAUUUGUUAUUUAAUGAGGUACUGGAUAGUGACAUUCCCUGCUGAGUUCAAUCUGGACAUGGGUCUGAUCCAGAUAACAGAAGAGUUCAGAGAUGUGGCUGCCCAGCUUGGCUGUGAGGAGCAUUUCAAACUCCUUGACAUCUCCACCAUUCCAUCAUAUGACUGGAUGCGCAAGCUGACCCAGCGAAAGAAGCAGGCAAAGAAAGGCAAGGCCUCACUGCUGUUUGACCACCUGGAGUCCAUGGAGCUGGCUGAGCAUCUCACCUUCCUGGAGUUCAAGUCCAUCCGGAGGAUAUCGUUCACUGAUUACCAGAGCUAUGUGAUGCAUAGCUGCCUGGUGGACAACCCGACCCUGGAGCGCUCCAUUGCUCUGUUCAAUGGAGUCUCACAGUGGGUCCAGCUCAUGGUGCUCAGCAAGCUAACACCUCAGACCCGUGCAGAGGUUAUUACCAAAUAUAUCCAUGUGGCUCAGAAACUUCUGCAGCUGCAGAACUUUAACACUCUGAUGGCCGUGGUGGGGGGACUAAGUCAUAGCUCCAUUUCUCGACUAAAGGAGACUCACUCUUUUCUGGCUCCAGAAGUUGUGAAGAUCUGGAGCGAGAUGACAGAGUUGGUCUCUUCCAACAACAACUACUCUUGCUACCGAAAGGCCUUCAAUGAAUGCCAAGGCUUUAAAAUCCCCAUCCUGGGUGUGCACCUUAAGGACCUGAUUGCAGUGCAUGUCGUCUUUCCUGACUGGCUUGAUGACAGUAAUAAGGUCAACCUGGUGAAGAUGCAUCAGCUCUACAUGACCUUCAAUGAGUUAGUUUCAUUGCAGAGUGCAGUGGCCCAAGUGGAGCCCAACAUGGACCUCAUCUACCUGUUAACGCUUUCUUUAGACCUUUAUUACACAGAAGAUGAAAUUUACGAGCUGUCAUUGCUGAGGGAACCACGUAACACAAAAUCCUUGGUAAGUCCACACACUGAGUGCACAGAGUUUCAACAAAAUUGA